AUGAGAUUCCACAGAGUUGAUGUUUUCCUGGUUUUUCUGCUCUGUCUAAACUGGACAUGGGCUCAAGAAAAGAAUGGAGGAUAUGAUGAAUCCAAGUUCACAGAGGAAACUGAUGAACAGUCUGAGAUUAAUGAGAACAGACAGAAAAACACCAGUCCUGACAUCUGGACUGAGCUGAAGGAGCUGAGAGACAUGGUGAUAAAACAAGAGGUGGAUCUGAGUUACAGCAAGACCAAGAUAGAGAACCUGGAACGAGAGACAACAGUAUUGGAGGCCAGAUUAAGCUCCAGUGAAACAGAGGUGGAAGAACUGAAGAGAGAGAAUGCAGAACGUCCAAAGGUGGCGUUCUCAUUUGGUCUGACUGAUGCAGGAACCACUGGUCCAUUGAAUACCGACAUCACUCUGAAGUUCACUAAAGUCUUCACCAACUUUGGCCAGGCCUACAACCCAAACACAGGUAUUUUCACUGCCCCAAUCCGAGGAGUUUACUACUUCAGAUUCUCUGCAAUUAAUAACAACGUGAAUGCAGCAUUAGGUGUUCAAGUCUAUCUCAAUGGCAAGAGAGUAUCUUGGAACUAUGAUAGAGACAGUACUUCAAGUGGCAGGAUUACAAAUGCAUUCGUUUUUCAGCUGGAAAAGGGGGAUGUGGUCUACUUGGUCCUACCUGGAGGUCAUGAAAUAUAUGAUGAUGUUCAUAAUCGUAAUACUUUCAGUGGAUUUCUGCUUUUUCCUGUGUGA